AUGGAUAGUGAUAAUAGUAUGGAUAGUGACACCAAAAAUGAAAUAGUUUUUUGGAAAGUCUUUAGAAAUAAAUAUUUAUUUUCUACAAUUCUAAAAUUAUUAUCAUUGGAUUAUGUCGGUAAAAAUGGUAUACCAAAUCAUUCAGUAAACUAUUUGAUCGUUAACAAUUAUAUAAAUAUAUUAAAACAUAAAAUAUUAAAUAAUCAUUAUCUCAGUUUCGAUGAUCAUAGUUUCAAACAAUUAUUAAAAUUAUUCAAAUGUAACAGGAACAGUAAUAAUCAAAAAGAAAUUGAAGAAAUAUUUCAAUGUUUUUUUCAAAGAUAUCAAUAUUAUUUUUUUUAUUCAUACAAAUAUUAUAUUCUAUAUAUAAUUCAAUACAAUAAUGUAAUAGCAUUAAAAGUAUUUUAUCAAAUUUUUUUAAAUGGUACAAAUGACCAAAGAGUAGUUGGUUAUAUAAAUAGAUAUAUAUUUGACCAAUCAAUACGACUGUAUAGCCAUAGGUGUGCGUCAUGGGCGUUGUCUGCAAUUAAAGAACAAAUGGAAAUUGGGAAUUGGGUUACAGGCGGUAUUUCAAAUGAGGCUUUUCAACAGGAUCAAUUUUCUGAUGAAUCAACAUUACCACUGCAUUUAAAAUUGGUUUUAAAGAGUUUUGAUUGGACCAAAGGGUUUUCCUUUCAUUUAAAUAAAAAUGAAAUCUGGGAUCUAGUAAUUUCAUCACUCCAUUAUCCAUUCGAUGGAGUAGGUUACAUCAAUUACUCCAUCAAAACCAAGAAUAAAAUAUACAAGCUAGUGUCGUUUUUUAUGAAAAAUAAGGAUAUCAAACUAAAAUUAUCAGAUUCUAACAAAUAUUUAGGUAGCAUAGAGGCUUGGAAACAAAAUUUAUCUGAUUUAUUUCGUGGGCGUCCCUUUAAUGAAAUCUACAACAUUCAACAAUUUAUAAAUAUAAAUAAAUUAUCAGUGAUAUUAGAGUAUCGAAUAAAUCCAGAAUUUUUAACACUUGAUCAAUUAAAUGAAAUCGAAAACGAAAUAGUGUCUUCAAAUCGAGGCAAAGAAAAAGUUAUUUGUGCAAAUCCAGGGGAUGAGGGGGUUAGAAGGUUAGUAAUGAUGUAUUUAGGGAUCUCAAACUUUUCAACACUCAAUAUAAUAGACAUGGAUUGUUAUAUAAAAUAUGAAUUUGAUGGAGAUGUAGAAAAAACCAAUUAUUCACUAUUAGAUACAUUACUGCACUGCAAAAUUCAAUUGUUUUAUAAAAGGUUUGAAAGUUAUUCAAAAUACAAUAUCUCAAAUAGUAAACUAAUCACAUCAUUUCAAGAUGUUUUCGAUUCUACAUACUUUCAUAAUCAUAUGGAUUAUAUUCUCAAAUACCAACAUCAAAAUGAAGGGAAAUCAAACUUUGAUGGGUCUUGUAGAAAAAAAGAUCCACUAAAAAAAGAAUCGGUAAUGUUCAAAUAUUGCAAUCAUUUAACAUUUGAAGAAAGGUGUCAAUUUAUUAAAGCAAUGGUUAAUUAUCUUUCAAAUGAUGGUACUCCAGGGAUGUUCAGGGUCGAUUUUUAUUACAUCAUAUUAAACUGUGUAAUAUUGGAUGAGGAUUUAGAUUUAAUUAAAUUCAGCAUCAAAUUCAUAAGUCCACUGUUAGAAACCAAACCACAAUCCAAGCUCCAUGGAAUGGAUAAUUUGUUCAAGUACAUUGGGUCACCCGAGUCACUGGAUAUAUUAUACCCAUAUAUUAAAAAUGAUAAGAAAUGUGAUCCAUCAAUUUGGUGUUUUAAAGGAAGAGUCGAUUUGUUGAAGAAAUAUGAACAAUUGUUAACUAAAACCAGAUAUCCAAUUAAAAUCACAACCGACUCCGAUAUUACUAACACAGCUGAGUUUGAAUUUUAUUUAAUCGGGUACUCAUAUUCUUUAUCUAAACCAGAUAUAUACGAUAUAUCAGGUAUUGAAAAUACUACCAAAAAAAUAUUUUCAAAGACAAUUUUUACAGUAAGUUCAAAAGAGUCCUUCAAAAGAAUAAUGUAUAUUUCAGAGAUAUCAGGUUUACAUUUGCCACCACUGGCAUUUGUUGAUUUAUUCAAAAUCAAUAGGUCUACUAUUGAAUAUUUUGAAUGGUAUUUACAAAGGAUCAAUUUUAACUAUGAAAACAAGCAGUUUCACUCAGAACCAAUCAAAACAGUUUUAUAUCACACAGGUCAAUGGGAAUCAUUGUUUAAAAUCUAUGAAAAUUUUGGCGAUUUUUUAAAGAAUUCUCACCAAUGGUUAUCAAUAGCUGCAAAAAACAGAAGUUUGGAGAUUUUAAAAAUGAUUAUUCAAUAUUUUGGUGAUGAAAUCAAGACAAUGGUGUGCAGAAAUUAUAACCAAUCCGGCCCUACAAUUUCAAAUUUAGAAAAGUAUAUUUUAAAAUUUUUAAAGUAUAGUUUAGAUUCAAUUAAAUAUUUAAAUCAAUAUCAUCCAGAAAUAUUAGAAUCAUUAAAUUUAGAGAAAAUAGUUUUGAAGGCUUUAAUCAACAACCAAUAUGACUAUGCAUUUUAUCUUUAUAAGAAUUACUUGAAAUUUAAUUUUUCGGUUCCCCACAAAACAGAUAAUUAUAUAAAUAAUUCCACAAUAACUUUUUUUAAUAAUAUAACAAAAUAAAAAUUUAUUUAUAC